GAGUCGCAUCCUCUGUCAGCAGUAGAGGCAGGGUUAGCUUGUCCGUUUUUUGCACAAACAUCUUCUUACAUCACCCGUAACUGAGGCAAUAGUGUAGCAGUCAGUCUAACGUUACGUACGCAGACUUGUCAGCAUCUAUUUGAUAGUUUCUACGGCUAUGGACGGGAGGUGUGCGGUCGAGACCUGGGCUGAGUUUGACUGUUCAGAAACGUCAUACUCGCCGAGGCUGAAGUUUGUUUUUGGGACAGAGGUGAUCCUUUGCACUGGCAGCGAGGAAGUCUUUGUCUUUAGUACUGACAGGAGGAAACUUAAGGCUGUCCUGAAGUUCCCUGGUCCUGUGAGUGACCUGGCUGGGUGUCAUCACAACCAUCUUCUCUAUGUGGCCUGUCAUAGAGGAGUGUAUUGUGUCCGUUUACAGUCUCUACUCUCCAGAAGUCAAAGUUCCCCAGCUGAUUCCUCCUCUUGCCCCGCUGAGCUUCACAUCUCAUCAGAGUCUCUUUGUGUUCCUGACGAGAAGGUCUUAUCGCUGCUUGUCGUCGGCUCCGUCCUUCUGACUGUGUCCUUGAGAGACACGUCCUGGGUGUUUACUCUGUAUAAUUCUCCUAAAGAAUCAGAAUCCAACAGCUGUGAGAUGCUCACUUCAUUCGGACUACCAGUGGUUUCUAGUGCUUUAGAAAACUCUGAGACAAAUACUGACACAAUAACAAGGCCUGUGCUGAUGUGUGUCCACUCAAGUGAUACUACAUCUUCUACUCAUUUACCUGACGACCACUUCUGUCUCGAGCCUGCCCUCUUCAAACUUCUGUUUGGUCUUGAUGCCACUCUUGCAAAGUCACCAGUUAUUCUCUGUGGUCUGCCAGAUGGGUGCUUGUGUUUCCUUUCUCUUCGCCCCCCAGGAUCAAGACUCAGGGUCCUGCACAGCCUUGAGCAGCCAGUCGUGUUUGUUGGAGCAUCUUCUGUCGUGGACAGUUUGGGACAUGCACAAUGUUUGGUGGCAGUAGGUGUAAAAGGAAAAGUGGUGCUGAUUAAAGUGAACAAAGAGGGGGCAGAAGGAGGAGGAAAGACUGCUGAUUUUACAGAAGGGUGUGUACCCGGGCCUGUGAUGUGUGGCUGUGUGGAUAAAAACUGUCUUUAUUACAGCACUGGGUCAGACCUGCUGGUGCUUGAUUUGUCAGAGGGAUCAGGUGGGCGAGAAGGUCAAGAGGAGACCUCAAAUAAGGCAGGAACUGCUCUCCAAAGCCCCAGAAGUUUAAAUGUAUGUAGGAUCAUCGCCUUGGCUGAACAUGAAUGCAAAACAGGAGGUGAAGCUGAACUGCUGGCUCUGUCUGUCAGAGGUCAGCUCCAGAGGAUCACUUUACCAGAGAGGAGAGAGGAAGCAACAUCCUCCACACAAGCGGGCCGCAGCAUCAGAGACCUGCUGUCUGCUAUCGGGGAUGUUUGUGAAAGAGCAUCAGCGCUGAAAACUUCCAUCAGAUCCAAAAACCAAAUCCUGAUGCACCUGAAUCAGGUGCUGAACAUCAGCUUCCUGCUCACAGCCAGCAUGAACAGUGAAGAACAUCUAACAGUCCAGGAGAAACCAAUCAGAUGCCAUGCUGUCACCAGAUGGAGCAGACUGCUUCAAAAAGACUCUCUGAACCUGACAUGUGUUCUAGAAAACUCCAGCCCCUAUGUUUUAGAGCGAGGCUGGACUCUAAGCAUCACUGUUUUCCCUCUCUCUUAUUCUCCAAGCUCAAGAGGAGAAAGCUUGUGCACAAAUUUCACAUUCCCUUUCCAGAAUCUUCAUCCAGGAGAAACAUUGGAAGUAUCUCUGCCUCUCGCAGCAGCAGGAGAUGAAUCAUUCCCAGUUACAGCAAGCUGCUCACUUGUCUUCUCGCUCUUAAGUCUGCUGGGAGACGAGGCUGCAGGGCAUCCUGGGCUGCAUAGUAGUUGUAUCAGUUUGCCUCUGAACACACUUACAGUUGAUUGGCUGCACGCACUGCAGGUAGACAGUCCCAUAACCACCUUUAAUAAGACCACAACUCAAUCUGACAACACAGCAGAUAGCAUACAGGCGUUCAUAAACUCACGCAGGAUCAUGUGCAGCGGUAGAGGGGAGGGAGGAGAGAAAAUUUCAAAGUCUGAACCAGAGAAGUUUUCAGCAAAGUUUCAGGUGUCUUCAGAGUUAGUGAGGGGAAUGCUAGGGGUUGGAAACUCAGAUUCUGACCUUCAUUGUAAUGUGAGCCUCUCUCUUCUGGACUGGCUGUUGUCUGAACAUCAUGGAGGAGUGAAAUCAGGACAUGGAGAAAGAACUACAGUCAGCAGCCCAGUGAUCCAUGCUCGAGGACCAAACAAUCACACUGUUACAUUGACAGCAAAAGAGGUAAACAUCGGGGAGGGGAUCAUGGGAAAUGAGGAGUCCUUGACCACAGUGGAGGUUAAGAUUGAGAGCUCCUCUCUGGCAGCGGUGUGUGGGCUUCACCAUGCUGUUGUGCACCGAGUUCAGUGUCUGCUGCAGAGAGUUCCUGAUAGAGCUGCUUCCACAAAGAGCAUCAAGAUUUUGGCUUUGAGACCAGCCCUGCACCGAGCUGAGCUCCUGCUGCAGCAGAUCCAGCAAACACACAUCUCAGCAGGCUUCGGUGUGAGCGUCUCCACAGGGCAGACGACCCGGUCUCUCCUCAGUGUUUACCGAGAACUCAGAGAAAAUCCUCUCCUCAUAAUUUAACUGUUUUCCUAUCCAGUCUCCACAGCUGACCCUGGCCUUGCUUUGUUAGCUAACCUGUCUCCACAGGUUGAAACAUAAUGUCCUCAGCAGUGAUUGCUUUCCUGAAUGUACUGCAAUGUGUAUGAUGGUUUCUAUUUUAUUCUCUAUCUAAAGAAGUGUUUUGUUUGCUGCUAUUUGCUUCAGGUCAAAUAAUAAUUGA